AUGGCAGACUCGCUGCUCAACCACUCCUGGCCCUCAUUUUCGAAGCGCUGGAAGAAGAGAUGGUCCUUUAAGCGAGGGUCUGACUGCAAGCCAUGCUUACGGGAAUUCACUGACCACAGCACCCCUGCUCUGGAGUAUCCCAACGCCAAAAGCUUUCUCCCAUCCCUGAUUGCUGAGGAUGAAACCUUCUGCACCAGCAUGGCUGAAGAAAAGGAGGACUCAUCUUCCACAGAGCUGGAUGUCCCAGCAGCGGAGUUGCACAGCAGCACGGAGGAUCUCCUCUCAGACUCUGCUCUCCAUGGGACAGAGUAUUACAGAGAUCUGGGACUCCUGAGCCCACCAAUUGCCAAAACAGCGCCAGAGAUGGCAGCACAGCCAGAAGCAGCAGCCCAGGCUGUAUCUGCCAUUCGCUUACUGGAAGAGAGGCCAGGGGCUCUGAGAAAAAUGUCUGUGGAUGUUGCUUUUUCCAAUCCUGUUUCCUGCUCGGUACGUUACGGUGAGGCCGACUGCCGCUUUCUGAACAAAGGCCACGUUUGCUCCUGUGCAGCGGUGCCAGAAGAUGGUACCAGCACUUCUGAGCAUCCUGCAGAGAGCAAAGAGCUGGACCUGCAGGAGGCCAAGGAGUCCUUCCCCACGCUGGUGAGAUCUUUGUCAACCUCUCGGAGGCACAGCUGGGAGAGCCCUUUAUCGCCCAUGGACUGCAAGCGCAGGUUCAGCCUGGAUGCCACAGAGAUGGGCAGCGACCCAGAACAGGAGGAUGUGGAGAAGGGGAGCCGGUCCUGCCCGCAGCCUUGUGUGUCCCUUCAGCUGCCCAAAGGGGAACUGGAAACCUGGAGCAGCGACGGGGGUGGCAUGGUGAUCAAAGUGGAGAUAGAGCCGUUGCGCCCACACCUUACGGUCAGCCCUGGCCUGGAGGAGGCGGAAUGUGGCAGCAACGGGAAGAGACUGAGGUCAAGGUCUGUCCCAUCAGCCUGCGAGACAGUUGCCUCCCCUCGGAUACCUUGCAGUUUCGACACUUCUCUUCCAGCUGUGGAAGGUGUUGAACCCCCUGCUCUGGAGAUGCUGGAGAAGGACCACGUGUCCCCAGACCAUGUGCUAAUUGUCCAGCAGGUACUUCAGGAGCUGAAACAGUAUCAUGGGGCGAAGCAGAGAGUUUGUGUGCCAGAAGGCAAUGAUUCUUCCCAGCAGAACCUCACCUGGUUUGAGUUCCUGUCUAACGAAAAUGAGGACAGUGGAAAGAAUGAUAAAGCAGAGAAAGGCACAAAGGUGAUGCGACGUCUGAGUUCCCUGCGGAGCCGAGUCACCGGAUCCUGGCAGAAGGAUAAGGGUAAGAACAAAGAGCAGCCAAAAGAGAGAGAGAAGGAGAAAGAGACAAAGGAGCCGAAAGAGAUCAAUAGGCACCAGCUUGUGCCAGGGGUUUUCUCCAGUUGCGCCAGCUGCUCACUGUGUGCCAAACCUCUUGUGAAUAAAAGUGGUCUGCAGUGCCUGAAUUGUGCAGUGAAUGUCCAUAAGAACUGCAAGAGUUUACUGGCUGAAUGCAGCAGCAUCAGACCUAAGCAGAAAGAUUUGCAGCACAGACCUUCUGGAUCUCCACAAAGUUCGCCCCAGUGCAUUUCCCCAGCCGCUUCUUUGAAGGAGCAGCCCCGAAGUCUUCUCCUGGGACCGGAUGGCACCCCAGUACUAUCACGGAAUCUCGGUAUGACUAUCGCCCAAAGAGGAAAUUCUCAGUCUUCAUUGAAUACUGCUGGAGCUGUUAAUAAAUUUGGACUAAUUUCAGGAGACAUGGAUGAAGGGGAUUCAGGCUUUAUAAAACUUAAGCAGACUGCAGAUGAUGUUGUCUCGCUUGCACCUUCAACAGCAGACUCCAUUUUUCUGGAAGAUGCAUAUUCUGUAUCCCUCCGAAGUGAAAUAGAAACAGAUGCUCAUGAGUUUGAGGCAGAGUCUUGGAGUCUUGCAGUGGAACAGUCUUAUGCAAAAAGGCAAAAGAAAGAUGUUGUAAAAAGGCAAGAUGUCAUUUACGAACUUAUGCAGACUGAAAUGCACCAUGUUAGGACACUGAAAAUAAUGCUGAAGGUAUACUCCAAAGCCAUGAGAGAGGAACUGCAAUUCCCAAAUGUGGUCAUCAACAAGCUCUUCCCCUGUGUGGAUGAGCUGCUGGAGAUGCAUGGGCAAUUUCUGCUACAGUUAAAAGAGCGACGAAAGGAAUCCUUGGAAGAAGGCAGCGACCGAAAUUAUAUAAUCCAGAACAUUGGAGACCUCUUGGUAAAACAGUUUUCAGGUGAAAAUGGGGAGAGAAUGAAAGAAAAAUAUGGUGUGUUCUGUUGUGGACAUAAUGAAGCUGUUAGUCACUACAAAGACCUGCUCCAAAGCAAUAAGAAGUUCCAGAACUUAAUAAAGAAAAUUGGCAACUAUUCCAUUGUGAGGAGACUUGGUGUUCAGGAGUGUAUCCUUCUCGUUACACAGCGCAUCACCAAAUACCCGGUCUUGGUGGAACGUAUUAUUCAGAAUACAGAAGCUGGAACUAGAGAUUAUGAAGAGCUGACCCAGGCCCUUAGUUUAAUUAAGGACACAAUCACUCAUGUAGAUGCCAUGGUAAAUGAGUGCGAGAAAGGGCAGCGCCUUAAAGAGAUUAUGCAUAAAAUGGAGCUAAAAUCAUCUGGAAAAUGCAAGAAUGGGCUUUUCUUCCGCAAGGAUGACAUGGGACAGAGGCGGCUUCUGCUGGAUGGGAUGCUGUACUGGAAAGCUGCAUCAGGGCGACUCAAAGAUAUUCUGGCCGUCCUGUUAACUGAUGUACUGUUGCUUUUACAAGAAAAGGACCAAAAGUACACGUUUGCAUCAGUGGACUCUAAACCACCAGUUAUCUCAUUGCAAAAGUUGAUUGUAAGAGAGGUAGCUAAUGAGGAAAAGGCAAUGUUCUUAAUUAGCGCUUCCUUACAAGGACCAGAAAUGUAUGAAAUCCACACCAGCUCGAAAGAAGAGAGGAAUUCCUGGAUGGCACACAUCCGUAGAGCUGUAGAAAGCUGUCCUGAUGAAGAAGGAGGAACAUUUAAUGAACCUGAAGCAGAGAGGAGGCUGGCUGAAGCAAGAGCUGCAAAGUUAAAAGAUUUUCAAGAGCGUUUGAACAUGAAAGAUGACCUGAUUCUGCAAAGUCUAACUGAGAAGCAACAGAUUUAUCUAGAAAUGUCUGAAAUGAAUGGGUUUGAAGACCAUUCCCAAGGAUCCCGAUCUAGGCUACUUCUUCGGGGGGAUAUCUCAGAAAAUCUGCAAGGAGAGGCAAUUUUGAAGUCCGCAGUGACAGAAGCUGAAAAUCUCCAGAACCUUAUCUUCACUCACUUAGGCUAUGGAUCCUGUCAGCCUGAAGAUGGCUCUGGUUCAGGACUCCCCAGGAGAGCAGAGACCUUUGGAGGAUAUGACAGUAGUCCCUCGAUUUCAAGUAAAAGUGGUAGUUUUAGGAAGAACAGUGGUGUUGACCAGAGGCAGUGGGAGUGGAGAGGCCCUUCAGUAAGUUCAGAUGUGCAAGUCCAUGACCUCCCUUGUGAUGCAGAAGAAGGAUCUCAAACCAGUGAUGUAACGAGGCUGGAUGACAGCAGUGGUUUUGAGUCCACCGUAGAGUCUCAGCUUGUCCAAAGGAUCCAAACGCUGUUACAGUUGCUCUUCAGUCUUCAGGCAGUGAUAUCUCAGCAGGACAGCUACAUUGAGAUGCAACGAGCCACCAUGGUAGACCGGGAGAAGCAAUAUCGGCUGCAGUCUACACGAGGCAAUCUGCUGCUAGAGCAGGAGAAACAGCGGAACUUUGAAAAACAGAGAGAAGAACUGAUGAAUGUACAGAAACUUCAGAGCCAGCUGAAGCAGGAGCAGCAACGCCUGGAACGGGAAAGGAGUCGGCAGCAGAGGGAAUUUGAAAGCACAGAAGCUCGGCUGCAGGAGCGUGUAGAGGAGACUCGGCAACUGAGAGAGAAGUUGAAUCAGGAGCGGGAAGAACUCGAGAGGCAGCGAGAGGCCUAUCAGCAUGACCUCGAGAGACUGCGGGAGGCUCAGAGAGCAGUCGAGAAAGAGAAAGAGCGUCUAGAUCAGCUAAGGAAGCUGAAGAAACAGAACACAGUGUCAGGCACGUUCUCCCCAGAAAUGGGACAGAACCAGAUGCUAAGUCAUUCUGUUAGCUUCAAUGGAGAAGGCGUGGAACCAACUCUACCCGUCUCAAAAACCUCGGUGAGAGUGAGCGUCUCCGGGAUGGAUUACCUGGAACGGCCAGACUUGGUUCGUAGGGACAGUACCACCCUGGAGAAUCGUCCAGUUCUUGCAUUGAAGAAUGAAGUGCCAAUACAUCUCCUGAGUGCAACUAAUCAGAUACAGAAACCAGCUGCAGUCCAGCAGCAGAUUCCUACUAAGCUGGCCACUUUUACAAAAGGAAGCAAAGAGAAAGGUGGGAAGAACAAAGCAUCUCACAGGACAGACAGUUCAGCAUCUGUUGAUCAGAAGCAGCUGCUUCCCCCCAGGCUUGUCGGACGAGAGGAGGGUGUCCUGAGAGGCAGACGAUCAGCAAGUCCAGUCCUCCCAAGCGGCCAGACCGCUGCAUUCCAGCCAGAAUUGUACGGCCCUACAGAUACUCAGCCGGAAGCACUUUCAUCUGCCUCAGCGAACCUAUUCAAGCCCAAUAAUGUUCACGUUCAGACCCUGGUGACCUCUCAGCCGAGUCUGUUAAAUGUGCAAGAUGAUACCAGCAAAGAAGAUGUGAUUUUCUUCUAAUUGUUUCCUUGUAAAGAUUAAUCAUCUGACAUACUGUUUCAAGAACUCAGGCCCCCGUGUUCAACAUGACAGAGACCUGACGUGGAUGUCUUUUCAUCCCUGCCCUGUUGCUACUAGCAAGGACCAGACCAGGAUUACUGUUCUACUUUGUUGGCUUCUCUGCCAGCAGCUCA